GAAUUCUGUUUUCUCCACUUCGACAACUCCCGCAGCUUCGUGCCCAGCAUCUGCGGCUCUCCACAGUACUCCCCGCGCCCCGGACUCCACUCGCUCCAGACUCCUCGCGCCCCGGGCUCCCCGGGCUCCUCGCGCCCCGGGCUCCCGGCACCCCGGACUCACCGAGUUGCAGGCUUUCAGAACUACAGACUUCCAGAGCCAUGGACUUCAACCCGAGAGUCCCGAUGGGGCAAAUCAACCACACUUUCCCCCCCAACUAUGAGCUACUCUCUGAGGAUUCAGAACCUCGGACGCCUGGGCAGGAUGCGGCCUCCACUAUAAUCAAUGUCCACUCCUAUGGCCCUCCCCCCCAGGAUUUCUUUGUCUGGUCCGUGUUCAACACCUUGUACAUGAACUUUUGCUGUCUGGGUCUUAUGGCGCUGAUCUUUUCAGUAAAGGCCAGGGAUCGGAAGGUGGUGGGUGAUCUGAAUGGGGCCCGGAGCUACGGCUCCACCGCCAAGUGUCUCAACAUUUUCGCCCUGGUUUUCUCUCUUCUGUUGGUCGCUGUGCUCAUCGGCCUGAUGGUCACGGGCAUCAUCAUAAUUAGGCAGGAGGCUCUGAGCCAGAACAGCAUUUACAUACCCAAUCUCUAUCCAGGCAACUAACUCACCCCAGUUCUGCCCUGUCUCUAACCCCAGGGUUUAGCUCUGUCUCUUCCCGCCUCCCCCCAUCUUGUGGCUUCUCUUCAUGCUGGGAGUGGUCUCCCUCAGAUUCCCUCCCCCACCUCCCUGUAGCCAAUAAACGGCUUUGUUUUUA